AAGCCCCAAACCAAAACAAAAACAAACCGCCCCCCUCACCUCGAAACCCCGGAAAUGGCGGUGCCUGGAGGGGGCUGCGCAUGCCGGGGGUGCUGAUCCGGCCGCCCGCCGCCGCGUCCCCCUCCCCCCUGCUCCCCCUUCCCCGUCCCUCCCCGCCCAUGGGCGAGACAUGGACUACGAGUUCAAAUCCAAGCUGGCGGCCGAGCGCGAGCGGGUGGAGGAUCUGUUCGAGUACGAGGGCUGCAAAGUGGGCAGAGGCACCUACGGGCACGUCUACAAGGCCCGCCGCAAGGACGGAAAAGAUGAAAAGGAAUAUGCACUGAAGCAAAUUGAAGGUACAGGGAUAUCCAUGUCGGCCUGUAGAGAGAUUGCACUUUUACGAGAGCUGAAGCACCCUAAUGUGAUUGCGUUACAGAAGGUUUUCCUUUCUCACAGUGACAGAAAGGUUUGGCUGCUGUUUGACUACGCUGAACAUGAUUUGUGGCAUAUUAUCAAGUUUCACCGUGCCUCAAAAGCAAAUAAAAAGCCCAUGCAGUUGCCAAGAUCUAUGGUUAAAUCACUACUUUACCAGAUCCUUGAUGGAAUCCAUUACCUCCAUGCAAACUGGGUGCUUCAUAGAGAUCUGAAACCAGCAAACAUUCUGGUAAUGGGUGAAGGUCCAGAAAGAGGAAGAGUCAAAAUAGCUGAUAUGGGUUUUGCCAGAUUGUUCAACUCACCUUUGAAGCCAUUGGCAGACUUGGAUCCAGUUGUGGUGACUUUCUGGUACAGAGCUCCAGAGCUGUUACUUGGAGCGAGGCAUUACACAAAGGCCAUUGAUAUUUGGGCAAUUGGCUGUAUAUUUGCUGAACUAUUGACGUCAGAACCUAUAUUUCACUGUCGUCAGGAGGACAUCAAAACAAGUAAUCCUUUUCAUCAUGAUCAACUAGAUCGCAUUUUCAGUGUAAUGGGAUUCCCUGCAGAUAAAGAUUGGGAAGACAUAAGAAAGAUGCCAGAAUAUCCGACUCUUCAGAAAGAUUUUAGAAGAACAACAUAUGCCAAUAGUAGCCUCAUAAAAUACAUGGAGAAACACAAAGUCAAGCCUGACAGCAAAGUUUUUCUUUUGCUUCAGAAACUUCUUACUAUGGACCCUACAAAGAGAAUUACCUCAGAACAGGCUUUGCAGGACCCCUACUUUCAAGAGGAUCCUCUGCCUACAUCAGAUGUAUUUGCUGGCUGCCAGAUUCCAUAUCCUAAACGAGAAUUCCUCAAUGAAGAUGAACCUGAAGAGAAAGGGGAUAAGAACCAGCAGCAGCAGAAUCAGCAUCAGCCGCAAGCAGCCCCGCAGCAGCAGGCGCAGGCAGCGCCGCAGCAGCCACAGCCGCAGCAGCAGAACAGCACCCAGACCAACGGCACGGCUGGUGGCACCGGCGCGGGAGGAGGGGGCGCCGGCGCGGGACUCCAGCACAGCCAGGACUCCAGCCUCAACCAGGUGCCUCCAACCAAGAAACCACGCAUAGGGCCUUCAGGCGCUAACUCGGGCGGGCCUGUCAUGCCUUCAGAUUAUCAGCACUCCAGCUCACGCCUGAGUUACCAAAGCAACAUUCAGGGAUCUUCUCAGUCCCAGAGUACAAUGGGCUAUUCCACAUCAUCUCAGCAGAGCUCUCAGUACCAUCAAUCUCAUCAGUCUCACAGGUACUGAGAGGCCUGACAGACUGCACUCAGAAAGGAAUGGACUAAAAGCCAGAAGACUCCAGCAAUAUGAAGUUCAUAACGAUGAGAAGAACCAAAAAUACAAACUAUGAUGCAGAGUUAAAAUUCAUCAUUGCAAAAGGAAAACUUUACUUACUGAAGACUUUUUUUCUUCCCCUCCCUGUCCCUGCCCCAACUCUGUCCUUUUAUUGCCAUAAAGGAGAUUCUCGUGAAGUUUUCCUUCCUCCCUGCCCUUGCAUGUGUUUCAUUGUGGUUACUCUAAUGAACCCUUCUGAUCUGAA